AAAAAAAAAAGCCGUUGUUACCAGCUACCCGGAAUCUGCGUUUUGCACCAUGGUUCAAGUUAUUUCUUUUCGUGCUGGUUGGCGAACGCCUUUCGAAGCUUUCCACAGGGCCAGCGUGCGAGGCGCCCAUUGAUAUUCCGUUUAGAUGCAUGAAAGGUUGAGCCGCCCAGCUGCCGAGCCAGCUUUAAAUUAAUUUCGCAUCCCAAGACCCCAGCAUCCCAUUUCCGGUUGGCGCUGGCAGUAUCAGACGCUAAGAUCAAAGAAGCAAUCUUCUAGAAGCUGACAUUCGUGGAGACCUCGGGAAGAACUGGUCAAAGCGGUCCUUUUCGUGAUGGGAUGAAGGCUGCGGCGUGGCAAACAAGGAAGAGGCGUGGGAAAUAGGGGCUCGAUUUUCCAGGUUAUUCUUGUCAGAUAUCAACCCAAGAACAAGGGAAGUGACGGUUGCGAGUGUUGGGUUUCUCGUUUCAUUGACUUUCAGAAACAGUGUUGUAAGGGCCUUGAAGACUCUUUGCCCAUGACCGACGCGCUAUGCUCAAGCUGAAGGGAAGGCGGUCGAUAUGGGAUGAACCUGCAGCUCUCACGCGAUGUGUGGCUCCCCGCCAUCAUCUGAGCCUGUACGAUCUCCGUUCAGCGCCUCUCACAGCGGGCCUCGUUCUUGGCACUCUUACGCGCCACACCGCUCAAUGCCUGAUAGAGACUAGGGUCCCCAGCACUUCAGUUGGUGAUCACUUCGGUUGUUGAUGUUCCACAAGAACAAUCCUCUGUAAAAGACUCCAGUUUCGAUAACCCUGGCAGCCUCGCGAGCCAGCCUUGUUACUAUAACCUGAAUAGUGGCAUAAAACGACGACAUGGCGUCGUCCGCUAUUCCGCUAGAGCGUCUCGGAGGUCAUGCGUUCAACCACAGGACCAGUGUAGAGUUGGAGGAAGAGUAUGAUCGUUUGAGAGAUCUGGCUCGGGCAGAGGCAGAGAAGAAGAAGUCAUGCUUUGAUCGGGCUCAUGAAGCAUAUGAGCGUGGGGAUGGCGCCGAGGCAAAGUCUUUGUCGAACGAGGGCAAACGCCAUCAAGCGAAGCAGGCCGAGUAUAACAAACAGGCUGCCGAAUUCAUCUUCCGGGAGAACAACGCCAUGGGCCGGAUAGCUGAGGAUACCAUCGACUUGCAUGGUCUGUUUGUUGAAGAGGCAGAGGAUAUCCUUGAAGCCAGAAUCCGUGAUGCUCAGGCUCGCGGUCAGUCCCACUUGCACGUCAUUGUCGGGAAGGGCAAUCACUCAACUGGGGGGGUCCGAAAGAUUAAGCCGCGUGUUGAGCAGCUCUGCCGAGAACUCGGUCUAGACUAUGCCACAGAGGAAAACGAGGGGCGUAUCUAUGUUGAUCUCGGUGGCAACCGUGUCGAGGCUCCUCCCCCUCUGCCCCCACAGCCAGAUGGGCACCAGUCGCACAGCCGUCCUCAGAAGAGACCGCAUCGGCCCCGGCCAGAACAGCCCCAGCGUCCACAACGCCCUGAAGAGCCGGAGGACGAUGGCAUCUUCGGCUGUAUCAAGGCCUGUUGUACGCUUAUGUAGGGCCAAAAGUUGGAGAUGUCGUUUGUUCCCUUGGGGGGGCUUGUGUGUAUUGUUGGAAUGAAAGUAUAUGGGAUACGAUGUGAAUGACUGCAUUGGAAACACAAAGGAAUCUGGUAUAUAUAUCGAUAUGUCUUUGGCAAGUUGGUCUGUUGGUCUGGUCAAAUUUCAGGAUAAAGGGUUUGAUGACUGAACCGGGCUGAAGUGGGCUUUUUUGAGUUCGCUGGUGGCCGCCUCGCACUACAGAAAACACAGUAAAAGCUCAACAAUUGUUUGAAAUCUGUUUGGACAUAUCAU